CUUUAAAGGUCUUGGUAAACAACUGUGGAGGUUUGACAAGCACACAACACACAGCAGAGCCAGACUGCGAAUAAUACACAGAUGUCAAGACAAAAUAUUCGCGAUAAGUGAAAGUCCUUCUGAUGGUCAUCAAGCACGGGACGGCAUGAGUUGCCUUUGACAUGGAGGACGAGGAGGAGGUGAUAUACGACCUGCCCAGGGGCAGCGAAGCCCCUUCAGAGGACGUCACUAGCGAGGCAGGCUCCGUUUGCGAAGAAGAAAGGGUUCGCAAACUCUUUCAAGCCUGCGACGCCGACGGCGAUGGUUACAUUGACAGCCAUGAUUUGAUGACUGUUUGUCGAGAGCUGAACCUUGAAGACUCGAUUGAUGAGUUAAUGAGAGAGCUCGGAGCUGAUGAAUCUGGUCGGAUUUCUUACGACGAAUUCCUACGUAGACGACUCUCACUUCGUAGCGAAAUUGAUGCUUUACGGAGGCAAGAUAGACGGACAGAAACCCAGCGGCCACCUCAAACAAUAAUACAGAACAGAGAAAUUGAUUACAUUCAAACUAGCAGCGAAAACAGCAUGGGUGGGGCCUCAGGUGGAAAACACGAGAGAUGGGAAUUUGAUAGCGGAGCCAGAGACCUCAGUCCAGAGCCACAUUCCUUACAAAAGUUAGUUGAGGCGGCUGGCGGAAGCUUGAUAGCGUCAUCCCCAUCACACCUAUUAGACUUAGCCAACAGACUCCAUUUGGCCGCACUCGCUUCUCUCAAGGCGGAGGUGUCUGACGUGACGACUCGGCUUCGAACUGUCACCUCGGAGCGAGAUAUUCUCGAAAAAACACUCAACAAAAUUCAACUUGAGAAAAUGCGAUUGAACAGGGAGUUCGAGAGUAAACUCGAAGCAGAGUCGCAGCGUUAUGAAGAACGAAUCACGGAACUCCACUGUGUUAUCGCCGAAUUGCGUCGGAAAUUGGAACAUCAACGUGGGCAUGCAAUUGCGGAAGAUGACGAGGAGGAACUCGCAGAAGACGAGGAAAUUAGUCAAGAUCUCAACUAUCAAUCAGAAACAGAGGACUUUAGUCGAGAUGCAGACGCAUUGAUGGAUAAACCAGAAGAUUCGCACGCAACAGCGGGAGGCAGUCGCUCUUAUACAAGUGCUGACAUGGACAACAGGGCUGUCGAGGCGGGUCAGAGCUUGGCUGACCUCACAGAGUGCAAACCGGCGUCGCAGCCUGCCAUCACGGAUCUGCUUGACGAAAUCGCCAACCAAAAGGAGGAGGUUGCCAAGAAGACUGAAGAAGUGGAAAGAGCACACUCUUUGCUUGUUGCUGGUCGAGAUGAGAGAGAGAGACUGAGGAAAAAGAUUAAUGAGCUAUCAAACACCCUGAAAACUGUGAUGUCCACAAGUUCUUCUGUCACAGCACAACAAGAAUCGUCCAGUCAAAGUCCCAAGCCGCAUGCCUCGCCCAUGCAUUCUCUCAAAGGAUCAUCUCCAGCCACGGGCAGUCCAGUGGGUGGCACCUUGCAAUCUGUGUCCAAAGAAGAAACAGCCGUCACAAAAAUAGCAGAGCGGGUAAGACUUAGGAGAGUGGUGAGCAACGAAGGGCAGUUGUCUGCAAGUGACCUGAAUAAAAUUGAAUCAUGGAGCACACCAGUGGCAGAGCAGCUUGCCCUUUUGCAUAGUAUUAAUGGCGAGUCGAGCGUGCAAGAGUUGUUGUGUCGCUACUUGGCCAUUCCAAACAAAGCACCAUCAUGCACAGAGUCAGCCGCAGCUGAAGAGGGAUUUGAGGAGGAACGAAUCAUGGCUCAAGUAGCCAACCUGCAGCAGCUCCUUCCACUCCGUGAAUUUGAACUAGAAAUUGACAGACUGAGAGCAAAAUCAGAACACCUACGUGCACAGUGCGAUGUUUACUCAAUGGCCCUCAACGAAUCCAGAGUUUUGUCAGAGAGACUGACCCUGCUCUGUGGAAAGUACGAAUCAAAUUGCACCGCUCUCUGGCUGGCGCUUGAACAUAGUGAUACUGCAAUCGAGGCCUAUGACGUUCUUCUGGCUCUAUUGGAAAGCGAACUCGCAGCUUUAGUUGCCACCUGCUUGGCUGCAGGCAUUCCAGCCGCAAGCAACUGUCCCGCCGUCAACCUGGCCGGUGACCCUGACAAUCCUGGACUUGCUCUCGCCAGGGCAGGUGACCUGCGGAUGACAGCAGAGGGUGUGGCCUGUCUGCUCCUCUCUCGGCUGGACAGAAACGUCGAAAGUGCCAAUGGAGACCUGUCUGGAAAGCACCAUACGGAGGUGAGGCUUUGGCGACAGGGGGAGGAGUUGAGGUUGCGGAGUCAUAUCAGCAGGUUGAAGGGGGACAGGGCUAAAGUGAGGUCAACGGUACAAUUUGGCUUGGAGAGUCCACACGUUGAUCCGCCCAAACAACGCAAUCCUGCAAGCGUAGCUGAAGCUAGGAAAAUGGAUUUGGAAAUGGCCGUCCUCAUGCAGGAACUGAUGGCUCUAAGGGAGGAAAAAGCUGAAUUACGUGCCAAGUGCCACAUAUUUGAGAGGGAGAAAGUGGCAAUGGAGCUGCGUCUGAAUGGUCAGGAAGCGCACAGACAGGCGCAAGUGGCAGCCCUUCACAGUUUACAGCAGCAGCUGAAGGAUUCAGAAAACAGACUAUCAGGGUCCAUACAAGAUAUUGAUGACAGUCACAACAAAGAGCUUUUGGAUGCACUGGCGCGCGAGGCUAGACUGAAAGAAAGACUGCAAGAGCUGAUGAACUCGUUGGAGACGGUUUCGCGGUCUGCUGAUAUUAGACAGCAACAAUCAAAUGAGAUGAUCAACGAAAUGAAAAGGGCCAACAGCUCGCUGACGCAAAUGCUUGACAAAUGCAAAAGAAAGUACCAGGCCAGAAUUAGGAAAAUGGAACAUCAAUCUGAGGUUGCCGUCGACAGACAUUCUAAUCAAGUUCGAAUGCUGAAACAGAGGAUUGCUGUUCUUGAGUCUGAAUUAGCAGCAGAUAUGUCGAGUCCAACACCGAACGAGACUUCUUUGUAAGUCUCCAGAAUAAGCGACAGCGCUUCAAAGCUUAGAAGAAAAAACUUUUUGAUCACUAUUUAUAUUGAUAAACGCACACAAAUUUCAAUUUUGAACUGAACCCAGUGACUUAUUUUGGAAAAUAAAUUCAAAGCUUCCCAUUUUUGAGAGGCAGUUGCAGCCUAUAAUAAUUAAGACUUUGGAGAUCUUUUUAUAAUUUGUUUACAAGUGCCAUCCUAACGUAAAUUUUGUAAAAUACUUGUAAAAAUAUUGAUUUUGUGUGCGCAUAAUGGUCUCGUACCAUCAGUUAUUUUAAUGUGCAAUUUCUCCAAUAUCUUGUGAAAACAUGAAUUGAAAAAAAAGGAAAAUUGUGAUACCCGUUUGAUUGGCAUUCAAAAUGCUAUGUUUAAUGAUCAGUCCUUUCCUAACUCUAUGAUAGUUUAGGUCAGUCUAAAACUAAUCAUAAAUUUAAUUAAAUUGAUUUUACCUGCUAUUGAAUAAAAUAUAAACAAAAGAAA